UAAAGAUGUCAAGUGGAUUUAAAGUUCUUCAUCUGAUGAGGCCGUUCCAGCCUUUCCUUCCAAAUGUUGAAGAGCCAAUUAGAAAGAUUGGACUCAAUGAUAAGCUCAUCUGGACCUUCAUAGGUCUUUUGAUUUACCUCAUUUGUUGCCAGAUUCCUCUCUACGGAGUUUACAUCACUGAUGGAGCAGAUCCUCUGUACAUGCUCAGAAUGAUGCUUGCCUCUAACAAGGGGUCUCUGAUGGAGCUCGGUAUUCAACCAAUGAUCACCUCUGGAAUGAUUUUGCAGUUGCUAGCAGGAGCUAAAAUUAUUCAUGUUGACCAAAAGGUUGAUGAAGAUAAGGAACUCUUCCAGACUGCUACUAAAGUAUUCGGAAUCCUUUUCACCUUUGGAGAAGCCACUGCUUAUGUUUUGAGUGGAGUAUAUGGAACUAUGGGUCAAUUAGGAUACAUUAAUGCACUUUUGAUUGUUGUUCAACUCACUGUAGCAGGACUUGUAGUAAUGCUCCUGGAUGAGUUAUUGCAAAAAGGAUAUGGACUCACCUCAGGAACCUCAGUAUUUAUAGCUUGUAAUAUCGCAGAAUCCAUUCUCUGGAGAGCUUUUUCACCAAUCACUGUCAAUGCAGGAAGCGACACCGAAUUUGAAGGAGCCAUUAUUGCUUUCUUCCACUUCUUGAUUGCCAAGAGUGAUAAAUUCGACGGUAUUUACAAAUCUUUCUUCCGUCAAAAUGCCCCAAAUCUCUUGAACCUUAUUGCCACUGCUGCUGUUAUCCUCAUUGUUGUAUAUUUCCAGGGAUUCCAAGUGAAGCUAACUGUAUCUAGUGCUAGACAGAGAGGUUAUGACUUCCCAUAUCCAAUCAAGUUGUUCUACACUUCCAAUAUGCCAAUUAUUCUUCAGUCAGCUUUGAUUUCAAACUUGUUCUUCUUCUCUCAGCUAUUGUAUACAAACUUUAAGGGCAAUUUCUUGGUCAGAUUAUUGGGAACAUGGCAGGAUGUUGAUAUGUCAGGAAGAUCAGUCCCGGUUUAUGGACUUGUGUACAUUCUCACUCCACCACAAAGCAUCUUGGACUUCCUAUUCAGCCCCAUCAAGACCAUAGUCUACAUCGCCUUUGUGAUGGUCACAUGCGCUAUCUUCAGUAAGACCUGGAUUGAAGUAUCUGGAAGUGGCUCUUGGGACGUUGCCAAGCAACUCAAGGAUGAAGGAUUGACCAUUAAGGGAUAUAAGAUGGAUCCUUCAGGCAGAAACAUCAAGAGAUAUCUCGACCACUACAUCCCAAUUGCUGCCUCCUUCGGAGGUCUCUGCAUCGGAGCUCUAAGUGUUUUCGCAGAUAUGCUUGGAGCCAUUGGAAGCGGAACAGGAAUCCUUCUCGCAGUCACCAUUAUUUACGGAAUGUUUGAGCAAUUCUCAAAGGCAAGAGGACAAGGCAGAGGAGGAAAGAUUCUUGGAAUUCUCUAA